GCUCGCAUUCGCUUGUCGUUUUUUGAUGCACGCAGAUUCUCGGCGGAAGCUCCAGUUUGUCAUUGACGUCGCAAGCCUUUUGCAGCGGUUCGGGCGCAAAGGAUGACCACUGAUAUUGAACCCUGUUCCUGUGAUUGCUUUGUGGCCCUCCCGCCUGGAUCGGCGGGCGACUACGUUAUUUUUGGGAAGAAUUCGGAUCGGCCAGAGGAUGAAGUUCAGGAGGUGGUUUAUUUUCCAGCUGCCUCUUAUGAGCCGGGGUCAACAGUCGAGUGCACCUACAUUGAAAUUGAGCAGGCUGAGACGACACAUGCAGUGAUCCUGAGUCGACCUUCUUGGCUCUGGGGGGCCGAGAUGGGAGCCAAUGAACAUGGUGUCUGUAUUGGGAAUGAAGCUGUCUGGACAAAAGUGCCUGUGGUGGAUGAGGAAGCCCUGCUUGGCAUGGAUCUGGUCAGGCUGGCCCUGGAGCGUGGAAGCUCUGCCAAGAAUGCUAUGGAUGUUAUUGUUAACCUCUUGCAACACUAUGGUCAAGGGGGCAAUUGUCGGGAAGUGAUGACCCCAUUCAGCUAUCACAAUACUUUUCUGCUAGUUGACCGUCGGGAGGCCUGGGUACUAGAGACUGCUGGACAUUUGUGGGCUGCACAGAAAAUUAAUGACGGUGUGAAGAACAUCUCGAACCAGCUGACAAUCAGGACUGAGAUUACCACUGAACACCCUGAGCUUCGGAGCUUUGCACAAAGCCAUGGCUGGUGGGAUGGGGAGGCAGAGUUCAGCUUCUCUCAGGUGUACUCGCCGGAGAACCCGCCAGCCAGGAUGGAGGCAGCCAAGAGACGCUACCAUGGAGGCCAGGAGUUGCUCAACAAACACUGUGGCUCCAUGACAUUGAAGACCAUGAUGGAGAUCUUGCGGGAUGAGGCUAGUGGAAUCUGCAUGGAUUCAGGUGGAUUUCGCACCACUGGCAGCAUGGUCUCCAUUCUGCCUCAGGACUCCUCUCAACCUUGUGUGCACUUCUUCACUGCUACCCCAAAUCCAUCCUGUUCUGUGUUUAAACCGUUUAUCUUUACGGAUUCACCAACUCCAGUCCUGCAAACCAUCUCUCCAAAGUAUGGAGCACAUGACCCAGUGAAGAAAAAGCCACGGUUCCAGAAUAGUGUGGACAGGCGUCAUGAGCUUUACCUAGCACAUCAGGCAGCGUUCAAAGGCUCAGAGCGUCGCCAGACUUUGCUCCGCACCUUGCAGCAGCUGGAAGAGCAGUGCGUGGAGGACAUCAUGCAGAUGCUGGCAAAGGGUGUCACCCCUGAGGGAGAGGAGGUGGCUGACCUUUUCUUUGAUUGUGUGGACACAGAGAUCAAGUUCUAUCAGUUAUACCAGUAGGUAACCUCAACACCAAUCUCUCCUUGAAGGUGAAGUCUUUGAAGUGGCGUUAUAGCAAAAUGUAGGACAAAAGGUGCCAAAGACGGUGUUUUAUUCCACAAAGAGUUAUUUAAUUCACAGUUGUUAACAAAUAUACUCCGUGCAGUCUUCAACAAGGUGUACAUUCUCACAAGCUAGCAACCUCAUGGUGGCCUGAUAUUUUAUUUUGCCUCAAUAGAGCCAACGUCUACGGGCGUUCUGAAUUCAGAAGUCUAGGUAUGAACCAGGCCUGGAUAUGGUGCUAGGUAAUCACAAAGCACACUUGACAUUCACCCUCACAUUCACACACUCCGGAGUCUCCAGUCAGUGGUAGCAUGUGCCUGAGCGUUGGCAAGAAGCUUAUGAGAACAUGUGAAGGAGCCUAUGGAGACCCAGGGAACACAAGUAAAGUCCACAAAGAAGACACUCCAGAUGGGAAUCAAACUGAACUGAAGUGAUCGGAUAUACCUGUGAACUUCCACAUUUUUUUGAAAUGUUUC